GCAAAGCAGCGGCUUGGGCACAACUCUACCCGCGUUUCUAAACACAGGCUCGUCUGCGUGAGGCGGAGACGGAGUCGAGUUAUCCUCUUGAAUAAACAAGGACUCCGUUCCCCUCUGGUGUCUGCUUUCAAAUGAAUCAGUGAUGAGAGUGGCCGAGAGGAGAGACGACGGACGCUUUUCUUCUAUGUGGACCGGCAGUGCGCAAAAGUGCGCUCCGUGGUUCAGCAUCCUCAUCAUCUUCCGCUCCUGAGAUCAACCCAAACCCAAGAGGCGCGCUGAGAUCCUCCCCGAACCCCCCCGUGCGAGAUGUGCUGCGGACUGCCGAUGAUUUCUCCUCCUCCUCCUCCAGUUCAAAUUCAAUGGCAGACAAAGACUGCAUUUCUCACUGCUCUUGUUAUCACUGAGCUCAGAAAGACAGAUCUGGUCCACAGCUAAACCAUUGUUUCCUUUUCUUGCUUCUGUCUUUUUGCCAAUCUUCACUAUUCAUACGAUCACCAUGGCUUUUUUCCUGGCAUCUGCCUUUCUUCUGGUUCUCCAGACAUAUGCUGCCCCACCUGAGUUUGUCAAGGCAGGAUUUGGCAUAACACUGGACCCCAUGGACUUUGAUCCUGGACGACCAGUAAAUGGCUCUGGAGAUGUAGCCUCAUCUCCACCCCCCGGGACGAGUAAAAGAGCCCCACACAGUAUCAUUAUUGGGGUACGCAAGGGGGGCACAAGAGCCCUGUUGGAGAUGCUAGACAUACAUCCUGAGGUUGCUGCUGCUGCCACCGAGGUGCACUUCUUUGACUGGGAUGAGAACUAUGCGAAGGGCUUUGAAUGGUACCGUGAGUUGAUGCCAUACUCGUACCCACACCAGAUCACAGUGGAGAAAACUCCAGGUUACUUUACGUCAGCCCUCGCACCAGAACGCAUCUGUGCCAUGAACUCAUCCAUAAAGCUGCUUCUGAUCUUGCGAGACCCGGCUGAGCGGGUCAUCUCCGACUACACCCAGGUGUACUUCAACCGGCUGGAGAACCACAAGCCGGUGCAAGCCAUUGAGAACCUGCUAGUGCGCAAUGGAGCCCUGAAUAUCCGGUACAAGGCCAUUCAGAGGAGCCUGUACGACGUCCAUAUGCGCAACUGGCUCCGCCACUUCCCCCUGGAACAGAUACACAUCGUAGAUGGGGAUGCUUUGAUCCGUGACCCCUUGCCAGAGCUUCAAAGGGUGGAGCGCUUCCUCAACUUACCCCCAAGGAUAGUAUCCUCCAACUUCUACUUCAACCAGACCAAGGGGUUUUACUGUAUCCGAAGUGACGGUCGAGAGCGCUGUCUGCAUGAGUCUAAGGGACGUCCUCACCCAGCUGUCAACAGCACCGUCCUCCAGCAGCUCCGCUCCUACCUACAGGAACACAACCGAACCUUCUUCAGGCUGGUGAAGCGCACCUUCGACUGGCAAUAAGGAACCCAGAUCACAAAUCGGACUCAAGGGAGCCACUACCUUGUCUGUGAUGAGGACAACAAGGGGACAUAAAGCACUUUACAGAACAUUUAAAAACCCCUUUGAAUAGACUCUUAAUAACUACUGUUGUGAUCUUUGGUCUCGGAAAAGCAGUUCUAUAUUUACAAUAAGGCAAACAAAUAUGAAAAACUGUAACUAGAGGUGUAAGAUUAAAUGGAAGAAUCUCCAAGCUUAAUAACUCAUUCUCUUUGUGCUGGAAGUGAUCAAAUUGCAGCAAAAACAAGUAUAUGGAACUGAUGAACUUUUUUUCCUCUCUCUCUCUCUCUCUUGUUUGAUAUUCUUGUUCUUAAUAAUAAAUGGUUCUGCUUUCAAAUGUA